AUGCAAUUCCAUCAGAUUUUCAGCUAUGUCGUCUCGUGUGUGGUCUUGCUGAUCCUCUUGGGAGCAUCUGUGUUGGUGAUCUUCCUUGCCAGAUUUCGAUCAUCCGCGCGUCCGGUCUGGAAGACAUGGUCAUCAUGGUCUCCCAUCCAGCUGGAUGCUAUACCAGAAGUGACCCUCUCAACAGAUGAGACCUGCUGUGUCUGCAUGGAGCAGUUGGCUGCUGGUGCACGUGCCAGGAAACUCUCGUGCAAUCACGUGUUUCAUGGCGCCUGCAUCACAUCUUGGUGGAAGAAGGAACUCUGGAACAAAGCCAAAGCCGGGGCAGCCGCCACCGUAACGUGCCCCAUGUGUCGCUGUGCGGAGCCCCGAGCUUUGGUACAACGCGACCAGGACGACGGCGAGAACGAGAGCACAGUAGUUGCUCGCGUCGACCCAGUGUGA